AUUAGUUCCGCUUCCGCUUAGUCGCUUCAGCUGUUUCCGCUUUAACAUGGAAACUGUGAGCGGUGUGUCUGGUACGUGGCAAAAUUCAUCACCAAAUAUCAGCAUUUAACAUUUGGUCUCAUCUGGACUGGGAAUAUUUAAAGACACAAUCCUGCUCGACAAGAAACUUUUGUCAUGUCUGUUGUAGUAAUAAAAAAUUUAGCCGGCGUGGCAGUCCGCGGGCCCGGCGAUGGCAUGGAGACUGACAAGCCGGUGGUGGCCCAUGAGAAUUCUGUGGACUCCCCGCUCUUAAAGAUCGCCACACCGAAGCACAGUCCACGGGUUUCUGCAGCGUCACCUCAGUCUCCAGGAGUCCUACACCUUGGAAAGGUUACCAGAGAGGCGUGCACAGAGGUGGAGGUCGUGCGGAUUGUGGUUCCCAGGGCCGCUAUCAGCCGGAGCAGUCGUGCGGGGCUAAGCGCUGAGGCUAAGGGGGAAGAUAAAGGAUCACCACAGCAUGCAGAUGAGCGCCCACCCUCUCCAGAGCCCCUGGAUUACAGGAGCGCCCUGGAGAAACUCCAGAACUCAGAGCGUCGUCUCUUACAGGACAAAGAAGGUCUAUCCAAUCAGCUGCGAGUCCAGACGGAGGUGAACCGCGAGCUGAAGAAGCUGCUGGUGGCGUCUGUGGGCGAUGAUCUGCAGUAUCACUUUGAGCGUUUGGCACGAGAGAAGAACCAGCUGAUCCUGGAGAACGAGGUUCUUGGACGGAACCUGGCACAAACGGCCGAGCAGCUGGAGCGCAUGAGCAUUCAGUGCGAUGUCUGGAGGAGCAAGUUCCUCGCCAGCCGCGUGAUGGCAGAAGAACUGACCAACGCCAGAUCAGCUCUACACCGUCAGACCAGAGAUGCUCAAUGUGCCAUUCAGGAUCUACUAAGAGAAAGAGAGGAGUUCUCCAGAGAUAUGAUGCAAACACACAGAUCACUGGAGCAGCUGAUGGUGUCGCUGCAGUGGGGUCGACAGCAGACUUACUAUCCCAGCGCGCAGCCCCUCAGCACCGGCGAGCUGACCGCCGCCAACCGCAAGCUCGCACAUGCCAUCAACGCACAUCUGCUGGGUAACGUAAACGACAACAGAGUAAAGAAGAGCCAGAGCCCGGAGAUCUGCACCACACCGGCCGAGAAGAUGGCCGAGAAGGUUCUCCGCAGCCUGGAUCCAACAACCUGCACAGAAAAGGAUGCCGACACAUCCACAUCUGAUCCUGUGCAUUCUCCUUUCCUGCCCAGUAAGAAAAGCAUCGGACGCUUCCACCCGUACACCCGCUACGAGAACAUCACAUUCAACUGCUGCGAACGAUGUAACGGAGAACUCGUCGUGCUCUAGACGUCUCGUUCUGUGCUCGGGAUAACACGUCUCGUGUACAAUCUAGUUUUACAAAUAAGCAGAAAAAUCUCAGAUCAACUGUGAUUGACAUGGUGUCAAAGGUUUUCUUCUGACUUUGGUUUCCUGUUGUUUUUACCAAUACUGACCAUAGAUAUGGUGAGUAAGGUCAUUCAGAGUGUUUUUUGUUUUUAUUCAUUCUGAGCUCCGAAUCUCCACCGUGCAUCACACAGCGAGAACCGCACGCUGACUUUCUCCACAGAGAUACCAAAGAAAAUCUCACAGGAAACUUCUCAACAGAUUUAUCUGUGAGGCUUUGAUUUGCAGAGACCUGAGCGUCUGUCCGUGAUCGUGGUUUCAUAUCAUUUCCUUCCUUUAAAUGUCAAGGAUUAAUGAUGACACUGAGGAAACUUCAGACGAGCUGGAGAGAUUUAUCUAAUGCAAUCAUUCUGCAAACACACAUGACACUUUUUCUAACGGAACGCAAGCAGAACAUCAGAUUGUUGUGCAAAUCUCAUUAUAUAAAUAUAAAAAUGGUCCAUAUGACUCGUACAGUGUAAUUUAAUCGCAAAUGUACCUGCGUGUUUCAUAAUUGAGUUAAAAGAUGAGAUUUAAAGGGAUAGUUCACCCAAAAAAUAAAGACUCUUUCAUCGUUUACUCACUUAUUCUGCAAAAGAAGCCAAAACCACAUUUGUGAAAUGAUCUUCUCUUGUUUUUUUCACAGAAGAAUCAUAUGCAGGUUUUGAACAACAUGAGGGUGAAUAAAGAAUGACAGAAUGUUUAUUUUUUGGUGUGAACUAUCUCAAGUUACUGAUAAGGUUAAUAAGGACUUCUGUUCCUCACAGAGCUGUCAUACGACUACAGAAGACUAAAUGACCUGUUGAUGGUGCUGCUGAUGGUAGUUUUGUAGUUUAAAAUGCAUGUUGAGAUUCAGAUGAUGUGUUGUCAUUAGCAACAAUGUGACUGUUUAUAGGUUUGUUUUGUAUUUGAACACGACCGGAUGUAUUUAUAAUGCAGUGUUUGUAAAAUAUAAUAUCAGGUAAUGAUUCACAUGGGGUGGAUGCAGUGAAUUCAGUCUGAACUGGAGUUACGGUUUAUUUGGAGUAUUAGUGGCUUUUAAACAUUUCAGUAAUGUUUGCUCUGUAAAAUAUUUUUAAUAUUUUCUCUCCCUUGUAAAAUGAACAAAAUAAAUAUU